GCAAUUCUCUUUUUGCUGAAUACAUGGCAGCUCAGAAAAGAAACAAGGCUUUCAAGGGUCUUGGCUAGAACACAUGAAUGAACCCUGCCCUGUCAUUCCAUCACUGCUUACUAGCACGACCCUCCGAUGCAGUCGGUUCCAGAUGGAUGCCUUGUGCUCAAGGGAGAGGGAUCUUUCAAAUCGUUUCGUUGCGGACGUCGCAAAACGUGAAGCCAAAGGAGAAAGUACCCAGCAGGCCUUCCUUAGGAAACAUCAGCUAGCAGAGGAUUUGAGCAGAACUUUCUCCGAUCGAGCAAUAUGUCAAACAGUUAUCGAGGCAGAAGCAACUCUACCUUCUGGUUCAAUGAAGGAUAUCCUACGUACACUGAGAUCAUUAUAUGCCUUAACAUGUAUCGAAGAUGUUUCAUAUCUCCGAUACCGGUACCUAUCAAUCGACAAUUGUGCCGAUGUGAGGAGAGAAAUAGCGAAACUCUGCCACGAACUUCGACCGCAUGCUCUCGCUUCGGUCACUUCGCUCGGCAUCCCCGGCGCUUUUCUAGGCCCUGUAGCUUUUAACUGGAUCGAGGCAAACUCCUACUCUUCGGUUUAA